AUGUUCCAUGCUUGUGCCGGUGUGGCCUACUCCCACACCGACGCCGACACCCACACCCACUCCAACUCCAACUCCGACACCGACACCGACACCGACACCGACACCGACGCCCACGCCCACGCCCACGCCUACGCCCACUCCGACGCCCACGCCUACGCCCACUCCGACGCCCACUCCGACGCCCACUCCCACUCCCACUCCCACUCCCACUCCCACCCCCACUCCCACCCCAACGCCCACUCCCACUCCCACUCCCACUCCAACGCCCACGCCCACGCCCACGCCCACGCCCACCUCCACGCCUGCCCCGUCUCCGACGCCCUUCCCGAUCCCUUCCGGGGCGCCGCCAAUCUUCGCCAAGCACUAUAUUUUGGCCAUGGUGUUGUCCUUCAUUUUCGCGAUGAUCUGAUUCUCAUCAGCAGCCCAUCACAUGCACAAUAUAGCCCGUUUGCCACGGUCACCAUUGGCGACUCCCUCGCUUCGUCCACCAAUGACUCGAUCCCCGUUAGCUCCCCGCAGUCGUCCGCCGUCACCCAGCAGGUGACCCCGGAGAUCGCCGCCUCCCCUGAUGUGUCUUCCGGCGCCGAUGCUGGCGCCUCUUCCAACCAGCCUCCUGUGGCUGGUCGCUAUGACGAACACUUCCCGACUCUCGGUGCCAUCGCCACUGAUGACAAGCCCAAGACCGUCUCCUGGGCUGCCGAGGCUCGUAAUGCCGCCCGUGCCACCCACCGCCAGACCCUUUCCAACCGCAAGACCCGCUUCUCCAACAGUGUUACCUUCUCCUUUGGCCCGAACGAAAUCAACGAGAGCGCCUACAACACCAUCUCCCCGGUGCUCAUCCGUCAGUACAACGCCCACAUCGACCGUCGCACCGCCGGCAGCAAGAUCGAGUUCACCCUCUCCGCCAACAAUGCCCACUCGCUGGAGUCCGUCAAGGAGCGCUUCAUGCGCGACAUCCUCCGCAGCGUCAAGGACACCGUCCUGGUGCCGCCCAGCCUCUUCAGCCAGCUGAUCGGCCCCGGUGGCUCCAACAUCCAGAAGAUCAAGGAGGCCUCCGGCGCCACCAUCAAUGUCCCCAAUGCCCAGGCAGUCGGCGAGCACACCGUGCUCAUUGGCAAUGCGCUGGCCGUGCGCGAGGCCAAGCGCCUGAUCGAGGAGUUCGUGCGCGAGCGCGUCACCACCACCUCCGAGACCUUCACCGUCACCCCGAGCCACCUGUUCGACUUCGUGGUCGGCCCGGAGGAGUCGUACAUCAACAACUUCGCCGCCACCAAGGGCCUCAAGGUUUCCUGCAACGCGGCCAAGGCCACCAUCAAGCUGACCGGCGACUAUGGUCCCCUGGUGCAGGCCAUUGGCCAGCUCGAUGCCCAGGUGGACAAGCUCCGCGAGUCCGUCACCUCCUUCAGCUUCUCGGUCGAGUCCUUCCUGCAUGAUCUUCUCCGCGGUCAGGAUGGCUCCAACCUGAAGGCCAUCUUCGAGAAGACCGGCUGCGUGGUGGUCCCCCGCGGCUCGGCCACCGAGGACUCCGACACCAUCACCAUCUUCGGCGACGCGUCCAAGCACCACCCCGCCUUCCUGAUGGCCAACGAGAUCCUGUCCAUGUACCGGUCGACCGAGUUCGAGCUCAAGCCCCAGUCGGCCUACCGGCUGGCCCGCCAGGAGGACAAGUUCGCCGACAUCGUGCGUGACGCGCCGCUGGACAUGCUCAUCAAGGUCGAGCCCAACCGCGUGUUCUUCGUGUGCCUGCGGUCGGCCUACAAUGACCAUGUGACGCGGGUCUUCUCCCUGCUCAGCCACUACUCUUCGCUGAACUACGUGGAGUUUGCCCUCACCGAGGAUUUGGUGCCCUUCGUGGUGGGCCCGGCCCCGGGCGAGGACAGCCCCACCAUGCAGGGCGUUCGCAAGCUGGCCGGCGUGAGUGUGGUUUUCACCCCGGCCGAUGAGGCCACCGGGGCCCUGGCCAACCUGCUGAUUGCCUCGGACAACAAGGCUUCGCUGAAUGCCGCGCGCACGCUGCUCAAUGGUGCCAUCUCCCAGCGCAAGGCCUGCCCCACCGAGCAGGUCCCGGUCCCGGGCAAGGUCCUUUCCAAGAUGGUCCCGGUGGUGUGCGAGCGCAUCCAGGCCCAGCUGCCCGAGGUGUAUGUGGCGGUGGAUGAGGCGGCCGGGGUGAUUUCCCUCACCGGCCCGGCCGAGUCGCUGCCCUUCGCCCGGGACAUCAUCGGCGUGGCCCGCAUGGAUGCCGAGGACCACAUCAACAAGUACAGCUUCACCGGCGAGCUGAGCUUCCCGGCCAGCGCGUGGCGUUUCAUCGAUGGCCCGGAUGCCGGUGGCUUUGUGGCCAGCAUCGUGGGCUCGCAUGAGAAUGCCCUGUUCGAGGUGUCCUGCGCCCUGACGCUGGACGCCAGCAAGGGGCUCACUCGCCAGGCCCUGGUGGCUCUGCUCGGCCAGCAGGCCAUGUCCCUCAUGAUGGUGGCCGAUGUGGCCGAGGAUGCCGAGGAUGCGGCCUCGGCCGAUGCCCCGGCCAUCCUGCAGGUGCCUCUGGGCAUCCUGCGCUCGCUGGUCCGCACCGCCAGCAACCCCAACCGGGCCCGGGUUUCGGCUUCGGCCAAUGCCUUCCUGGCUGCCUCGGUGGUGACUGUUCACCUGACCGGCAGUGAGUCGGCCAUCCGCAGCAUCUCCGAGGUGCUGGAGGCUCGCCGCCAGGCGGCCCUGACCGGCGGCAGCAUGACCACCAAGUCGCUGGGCAUCCCGCGGGAGUUCAUCGGCCUGGUCAUGGGCCAGGGCGGGCAGAACAUGCGCCUGAUCCAGCAGCGUCACUCGGUCCAGGCCAAGACCUCCGACACGGACACCGAGAUGGAGAUCAUCUUCACCGGCCUGGAGUUCCAUGUGAACAAGGCCAUCGAGGAGUUCAAGGAGCUGCUGUCCUACCACAAGGAGCACAACUUCAAUGUCACCAUCCCCCUGAGCGCGGACCUCAUUGCCAAGGAGCGCCUGGCCCUGCCGCGGCUGGGCUUCCGCCUGAGCUCCCUGCGUGACCAGUUCCUGGUCAACAUCUCGCCGGUGGGCAAGGACUCGAUCCGGAUUUCCGGCCCCCGGACCGCCGUCACCCAGGCCAAGGCCGCCGUGGCGGAGCUGGAGAAGUUCCACGCCGCCAGCGUGGCCCUGAACUUCACCAUCCCCAAGCGCUUCAUCGCCCGUGUCCUGGGCUCGGAGCAUGUCAACAUCCGGAACAUCCUGGCCCCGCUCAAGGCCAACAGCUCUCGCUUCUCCGAGGGUGACCAGCUGCAGAUCUACGUCCUGCCGUCUGCCGCGGAGUCUGUCCGUGCCCAGGUGAAUGCCCUGAUUGAGGAUCUGUCUGUGGAUUCGGAGAAGCACACCUUCGACGCGCCGGUGGCCUUCAUCUACCAGGCCCUGCUGCGCGGCAUGUCCCUCUCGCCGAAGGCCCGGCCCACGACGGCCGGCAACUCGACCCUCAACCUGAUCGGCUCGCCGGAGGAUGUGGCCGCCAUGUCGCAGGCCAUCAAGGCCCACCCGUUCCUGGAGGAGACCAUCCCCCUGCCGGCCGGCGGGAAGAGCAUCAACGCCUAUUCCCUGCGCACCGGCAGCAACCAGUUCACCUUCGCUCGUGCUGGCAAGAACAUCGUUGCCUAUGCUCUGACCGAGGCGAACCUCGCCCGGGCUGUGGCCGUCGUGCAGAAGCACAUCCAGUCCGCCGAGAACCCCACGAUCUCCGAGGAGUUCCCGAUCGAGAACCAGUUCCGCAGCCUGGUCAUCGGCCCGGCCGGUGUCAACAUCAAGAAGAUUACCAGCUCCACCGGGGCUCGUAUCCACCUGGGCAUGAAUGCCUCGACCGCCACCAUCAGCGGCUCGCGCGAGUCCAUCGACGCCGCCAAGCAGGCCAUCACCGAGCUGAUCGCCACGGCUGCCACCAACGUGCGCGAUGGCUACACCGAGCCCCUGACCGCGGAGCAGCUUUCCGCCCUGGCCGAGUACCAGAACGCCACCGAGUUCUCCGGCCGCCACCGCGUCAACAUCUCGCUUCCCCUUCUGGAGGAUCUGGCCCGCGGCCCGGCCCACUCGCGCGUGCGCAUCAUCGGCCUGCACAGCCGCGUGCGCUCUGCCCUGGCUGAUCUCCAGGAGAACCUCCAGAUCAGCGGCGCUCAUGGCGACCUGCGCGCUGCCAACGCCGCUGCCGCCGCGGCUGCCGCCGCCGCCGCCGCCGCCGAGGAGGAGGAGGAGCAGCACGCCGAGACCCCGGCCGCGGCCGAGUCGUCGGACUCCUUCAGCGCCGCGACCACCGCCGGCGACUUCGCCACCUCCGGCAUGUCCGCCUCCGAGGCCGCCACCGCCGCCUUCUUCACCUCCGGCUCCACUCCCUCCGGCGCUGACGCUUUCUAA